AUGCUAUGCACAUUGCACGAUCUUGAACCGAUCAUAGCCAAAUUUCUCAAUGUUAAUACUUUUGAAGACGCACAUUUGGGUCCACUCGAUGAAAAUCCGGAUGUAAAACGAGUAUUCCGUUAUGAACCAACUCAACGCCAUCAACCAAUUCCAAUUAUGACUAGUAGCGAUGUCAUUUCAUCAUUCAUUAAUUUUCAAGCAAAAUUCAAGCGAAACUUAGCAUUUGGUGAUUUUCUUGAUGAGCUUGUCAAGUCUUAUCGAUUACAAUCACGAAAAGAACUGGGUCUCUAUUGUAAAUCAUUUCCAUUCUUGGUGCAAGUUUCUGGUUAUGUAAGACGGAACUCUCAAUGGUAUAUAAGUGAAAUGCAAACAAAAGCAGUAGAGGAUUUGACUAGUACUAUUGCUGCACGUUUAUCAGAUUUUCGGCAAGAAAUACAUGGUGAACUCGGACCCUCAUCAUACAACAAGAAAAAAUCUCCUAUAGCAGUAUUCAUUCAUUUAGCUUCAAUAGUCGAAAAAUAUCUUUCGUUUAUACCUGAACAAUCGCUUGCCUACUACACACUGAUUCAACUUCGUCAAAAUGAACUACUUCAAUGGCUAUUGAAUAUUAGUAUCUAUUUGGGCGGUUUCGAAAGACCUGAUUUAUUUGCUGUUGAACUUGAUAAAAUUUGUCGUCAUCAAAGUGAUCAUUUGAGAUUACAAACAUUGAUGAUGCUUUAUCAAAGUCUACCGUCGAAUCCGAAUAUAAGUCAGAUGGAUUACGGUCGACUACAGACUAUGAUACAACAGCAAUACAAUCAGUUGACUAUUGGGUACAAUCCAACACCAAUGAACAAUUCUUCAUUUCCAAUAGUCAAUACAUUGCUACCAGCCACUGGUGGCAAAUCAAAAUUAUCUCAUGAAACAACUCUUACAGUCAAACAGUUUCUGCAACUUGAAAAUCAUCUUUGCACGAAAUAUAAUGUUGAUAGUUUUGAUGCGUUUAAAUUCAAUGAAAACGAUAUGCAUGAUACUGAUGUCAACUUAGUUUCUUUUCUUGAUACUCAUCAAAAAUUAAUCGAUCCAAAAGGCGAACUGUCCGUUUACGGAUAUAAUGUAGCCAGAAUGGAUCGAGAAGAAUUGUACGAAUUUGUUAAACAAUUGAUCGAAUCGAAUAAUGACAGACAAUUUGUAUCUUCACAAUCGUUACAGUUCGAUAUGGAUUUCAACAAUGAAGAUAUUCAAAUUAGUGCUGAUAAUCUGCCAAUAUUGGAAAAAGCGAUAAUACAUAAAUUUGGUGGCCUACAUGGUUUUCAAACGGGAGCCAGUAUUCUUAGAAAAGUCAAACAAUUACGUACAAAAACAGAAUAUUCAAUUAUUCGUUUUGAAGAAUCACUUUUGGAUUUCAAUCAACUUAAUCGAAUUGAUAUAUGUCCACCAAUGCCGAUUGCAGACGAAAAUCAAUUAUGUCAAUUUAUUCUUCAAUGUCCAAUCAUGAUCGAUAUGUAUACGUGGUUACAAUGGACUUAUUUCUUCGAACCAAAAUAUGGCAAUUUAAAAACAUUUAUUAGAAAGCAUAAGUAUCCAUUACAAAAUCUAUUGUUACUUGAAACAUCAGCACAUGAACGCCUUCGAUUGCCUGCUGAUGCUACUCUAAAGAGCUUUGAGGAUGAAUUGCAUGCUUUUCAUGUACGCUCUGCUGUUGGUCACUUAUGUACAUUAAUCAAUUGUGAGUAUGGUUUAACUGCUCGAGUUCCAUUGAAUGUUUAUCGAACAUCCAUACGUACAUGGUUUAUCCAUCUACAAUCAUCAGCUAUGAUACAAGAUAAUAAUGGAGAACCAAUGAAAUACAUACUCGAAUUUCUAACCUAUCUACCAGUAUUCAUUGGACAAGCACGACUUAUUCAAGAAAUAAUAUUGGGACCACUCGACGAUGUAUUCCGAAGGGUUGGAAUAAAUUCAGUUAGUGCACGAACAAGAAUAUGGAACAUAGCAGAUGAAAGACAAAGAAAUAAAUUAGAAAUUUGGGGUCAUACACUCGAUAUCAACGAAUGGAAGAAUAACAGUAAAUGGUCUGGAGAAUAUCACAAUGCUGAUAAGCCAACAACAUUAACAGUUGCACCACAUGUUACAUCCCCACUCAGCCAGUCCGAUUCGACUUCACUUGAAACAAAGAACAAGGAUGAAAAUCAAUCAGUUCAAGCUGCAUUCGAACAUAUCGAAUCGAUUCGACGUGGUUUCGGUGUCGACAGUGGUCUCGAUGCAAGUGGUCAAUCGAUUGUUAACAAUCUUCAAGGAAUGAUUGAACGAAGCUUACAAAAAUUGUCCCACGAUUUAUAUUCAGAACAGGGUCAUUUCGUCUUGGAACUCAUUCAAAAUGCUGAUGACAAUCAAUAUGCGUCUGAUCGUUUGCCAACACUUCGUUUUGUUCUAUCAGAUAAACGAAUCUUAGUUUGUAACAAUGAAAUUGGUUUUCAACCGAAUAACGUUGAUGCCAUCUGUAACGUAGGUGCAACAACCAAAGGUAAACACAAGCAAGGCUAUGCUGGACAUAAAGGCAUUGGAUUCAAGUCUGUCUUCAUGGUAUCUAAUCGUCCUGAGAUUCAUUCACGUGACUAUCAUUUCUGUUUUGAUACUGCCGAUGGUAAGGAACAAAUAGGAUAUAUUCGUCCGAUUUGGUUAGAUAAAUGUGAUGAAGUAUUACCGUCUGCUGAAGAAUGGACAACAUGUAUUCGUUUACCAAUUCAACGAGGAAGUCGACUCGAAGAAAAUUUCGAUAACAUUCAAGCAAAACUAUUACUGUUUCUGAAUCGUUUACGACGUAUUGAAAUUGUGGGUCAACUGUCAAGCGCUACGACUAGUGAUCGAAGUCGUAUUUUCACUAGAAUCGAUCAUGCUGAUGGGAAAAUAAUUGAACUACAAGAAACGACAACAAAUGGAACAGUUACCACAAAUUUAUGGCUUGUCGUCAAGAAAGUGCUUCAAGUACCAGAACAUGUCAAGGAGAAACUAUGCGAAGUCAAAUGUGACGUACACUCGACAACAAUUGCUAUUGCUUAUCCACUAAAUAAUCUUCAAAACUCAAUUCAACAAUUGCCACCAGCUCAACCUCUCUUCGCCUAUUUACCACUUCGUUCGUACGGGUUUCGUUUUAUUCUUCAGGCUGAUUUCGAAAUACCUGUUACACGACAAGAAAUUCUUCAUGACAACAUAUGGAAUGAAUGGCUCAAAAAUGAAAUGGUUCAACUUAUUCCUUUGGCAUAUACACACUUUCAAACUCUACCUGAUCUUCUUGCAUCAUCAUUGUCUUCAAUAGAAAUCGGCAGUCAAUUGACAGCUGUUCAAGUGUUAAUCUAUUUUCUUAAGCUUAUUCCUUCUCGUAAUGAACUUGAUCCAUACUUUAAUCCAUUCGUUGAUAAGAGCAUGAAACUACUCAUGGGUGUUAUUAAAUUACCUGUAUGUCGAGAAGAUACCAGUGGUCGAUUACAUACUGAAUGGGUUCAACCUUCACAAUGUAUUCUUGUAAAAGAUCCAUUUAUACGAAAGAUUCUUCCUCAAGACUUACUUUUAUCUCAUUUUAAUAUGUAUUACGUACCUGAAAAGUUGGCAUCCGAAUGUAAUGAGCGUACUCUAAUUAAACUAGUUGCUCAAUGGUUACUCUGUAUCGACUACAUUCUUCAACAACAGCAAGAGAGUGAACAAACACGUGGUAGUCAUAAUGAACGAGUUGAAACUACGUCUAUAACCGAAUUAAAACAAUUGAAAAUUAUUCCAUUAAAUGGUCAUUCUCGAUUAGUAUCGAUUGAUGAAUAUUAUGAACAAGUGAUACUUUUUCCAUUAUCGAAAACAGCACAAUAUACGAAAUCGUUCAAGAUCGUACUUAAUGAUUUACCUACACUCGACGAGCGAUUACUUCAAUAUAUCGAAGAUAAAUUUCCACGACGAUAUGAAUCAAUUGUAAAUCUACUUAAAAGACUUGGUUUAAUCGAAACACCUACGAUUAAGGAAAUCUAUCGAUUAUACAUGCGACCUAUACUUUUGGAUGUAAAUCGUUGGUCAACUAAAUCUGAUUCUGUUCUUAUUGCUUUUCUCUUAUGUAUUUAUACACAUCUUGAUCAAUUCGAAAAUGAAAUUGAUCAAUUGAAAAAGCAUAUGGUUAUUAAAACACGCAGUGGUCAAUUUGUUCGUCUCGAUACAUUAGGUACUGUCAUUCAUUUGACAUCUACAUAUGGAUGUACAAAAUCACUAGAAUCAUUGGUAUCAUCGAAACAUGAAUUCACAUUUAUCUCAGAUGAUUAUAUAAAUACUUAUCGUAAUGAAUUAUUUCGUACGAAAGACGAUAUAGAUAAUUUUGUUCGAUUUCUUGGGCAACUCAAUAUCAUCGAGUCUCUUCAAACUAACAUAACUGAUACACACUUUAUUAAUGUUGCUCAACUUCAAACAACUCAAUGGGCUUAUUUAAUUCCAGAAUUAAAUGAUAUAAUUCGUCAACCAUUCAUAAUCGAAGAUUGUUGUUGCAAUGAAUUUAACAUACUUGUUGCACCAUCCAAUAAUACUGCUGCUGAUAUCGAUUUAUACUCAAAAUUAUUGAUCUAUUUAGAUCGUCAUCAUGCAGCACUUGCUCCAUGGUAUACAGCAUCAAUAAUUUUAGCUGAUCAAGUCAAAUCUGGACGAAGGCGACCGGAAAAAAAUAUCCCAUCAACAUUUUGUUUAUCUUUGAGACAACAUGCUUGGAUACCGAUUGAAGGUGGUAAAUUAGCUAAACCAGAUGAUGUCUAUUGUUUAUCUCCGAAAAGUGAAACAUCAUUCUUUCAUCGUUAUGUAUCACAUUUGGAUCAAAGUAAAGUAUCAUUGAACAAUCGAGAUUUUAUAUUGAACAUACUUGGACUUCAAGAACAUGUAUUACCUACGACCAUGUUUGAGCUAUUCAUGAAAUGGUCGUGUGAUCUUGAUCGUGAUGCAUUAUGGAUGCUAUUGAGUGAUACGAAUCAGUUGGAUAUAAUACAAUGUCCGCUACCAGUAACUUUUCGUCAAUCGUGUUAUGAUACAAUUCAAAAUAUUUAUCGUGUCUAUUGUUUUCUUAUGGCCGACAAUACUACUCUCAAUGCUUUACGUUGUUUUCGAUUGUGGCCAUUAGUAUUUGUACCACGAAACAAUAGUAGAGGUGAAUUUUUAUUUGCUCAUCGAGUCUAUUGGCAGGACUCAACAUCGUUAUUGUCGAAACUGGAUAAUGCCACUUUGCCGAAUUCAGAUCGUCGUAUCUCUAUUCAACGAUACUAUAGUAAUGAUGGUAAAUUUAAAAAAUUCUUUGUUGACACACUACAGGUUAACAUUGAACCUACGAUCGAUGAUUAUCUUCCAUUUUUGAUACAAAUAUCAAAUAUAAAUGAUAUCUGGCGACUUAUUGAAGUGAUCCUACGAUUAGCAUUUCAACAACAGCGACAGAUAGAAGUUAAAGAUAGAUGUCUACAUUUACGGUUUAUUCCAUGUAUGGGUACGAAGAAUAUGAGAGUCAAAUAUACAGAUCAACCAUUGUAUCCACAUGAUCCUGAUAUUGCUGAUUUCUUAUCAAAUACAUUACCAAUUAUUCAAUUACCGAAUUGGACUCUGUCUUCUGAAUUCAAACACAAUUUUUGUUUACUCUUCGAAAUUCGAAGUCUAGCAGAUGUUAUUCAAUUACAAGUCCAUGUCACUAAUGAACAAUUAUCCAUAGAUUUAUUCAAUUUCUAUUCUCAUUCGAUUGCACUCAUUCAACAUUUUCUUGUUUCUAAAUCGUUCAUAGCCGAAGAGCGUUCAAAAUAUUUGACAUCAAUUUUUGCUCGUAUGCAUUUUUUUCGUGUUGAUCAAAUUCAACUUUCAUAUCACUAUCAGGCUCAUACUUUACGAACCGAAAUGUGUGAUGCUUAUGUUGAUGAACGCGCAGGACGAUUCUAUAUUUUAAAAGUAUUCGAAAAAUCCGAGAUACGUUACAUCGAGACUAUGGUCAAAUAUCUUGUUCAAGAUCGGAUGGCCGCAACCGAACUGACAUCCUUUAUAAUGAAACUAUCACGAAUCUUUCAGAAUGAGGGCGAACAAGGCUUGAUAAAGCAACGUGAUAUGAUCACUACUCAAGAACAUGAAUACAAAUGGAUAUUUCCUAAUGUCUAUGUGACUCCAUCACCACCGCCUAUCGAAGAAAUUUCAGUGAACGACGAACCGAUCGAUAUAACCGAUGAAAUGACUGAAAAAUUGAUGAAUGAGCCGUUGCCCGAACGAAAACCUCGAUCACAAAUAACAAUGGAAAAAGACGAGGAGAAAAAUCCGACUUGUUUUCCUUCUAAAGCAAAUACUACUGAAUCCAUAGAAUUUUCAAAUACAAAAUCUCAUCCAGGAGAACAAAGACAAUCAACGAAUGCAACUAGUGUUGCAACGUCUAAUCACUCACCAUCGUCUGAUUCGAUAUCAGAAGUAUCAAGAGAACCAGAAAGCAACCAUUUGAUAAAAGAUAAAAAGACUAGAGAAUCGACUCACAAGGAUCGAUCUCAAGUCACAACCAUUGGCUGUUCGAAUUCUACUUCGGUUGAAGUAGCCAAAUUUCAACGUAUUCGAAUUUCCACUCUAACUGGCACAAAGCUCUAUAUAUUAUCGUCAUCUUCAAUUACAAUUAAUCCUGCUGAUAACAUCGUUGAUAAUAAUACCGGUCGUCAAGGUGAAGAACUUGUUUUUAAUUUUCUAAAAUGGAAACAUCCUGAUAAACAAGUCAAAUGGAUGAAUGAACGAAAAGAAUCAGGUGAACCAUACGAUAUUGAAAUAAGAAAAAAUGAUGAUAUUGAAAGAAUCGAAGUAAAAACAACUCGAAUUUCUGAUCAGCAUACAUUUCAAAUAUCGAUUCGCGAAAUUCAAUGUCUACUUGAAAAUCCAAUGAAAUAUCAUAUUUAUCGAGUAUACUAUUCGGAUGAUCCUGAUUUGACAAAAAUUACCAUACUCAGUCAAGUGAAAUAUCAUUUAGAACAGAAACAACUUGCACUUUGCAUGACCAUUAUGCAACAAGCCGAUGAACAGCUAAAAUAA